AUGGAGAAAACUACAAACCGAGGUCGUGGACCACUGGAAUCGGGUCUUCGGCCACCUUCACGUGGAGACAGCUACUCGCCCAUCACCAUGGGCAUGUUUGCAACGAGCAAAUUCUGGUGGAGCAAAGGGCAGAUGGAUCCUGGAAUGGGGCGUUGGGGCUUAGAAAACAUUGAAAUCUCGCUGCGCACUUGGCUUUGCGGCGGUCGGAUUGUUGUAGCGAAGGAUAGUUACGUGGCGCACUUGUUUCGGACUCGCUUCGCCUACAAAGUGAACAAUAAUGAUAUCAUUCGAAAUAAACUGCGCGUAGCAAUGGUUUGGUUCGACAAGGAGUCGCAGCAACGUUUUUUCAAUGCCAGCAAAACCAAGCUGAAGAAUGGAAAGCCUGUCAUGAAUUAUGGUGAUAUCUCGGAUCGUCUUGCUCUGAAGAAGGAACUGAAUUGCAAGCCGUUCUCGUGGUAUACCGAGUUUUUCCAAGGAAGAGCGCCGUGUGGUAAACGGGAACGUUGUGGAAAAGGCAACACGAUCAACCUAAAGGAUAUUAAAAACUUUGAUAUGAAGAAAGCUUUUUAUGAAAAGGAUUGGUGAGUUUUCACA